AUGGCUCACAGCUCCAGAAAUGGCCGGUUUCGCACCGGGACACGCCUCCACGAGGCUGAGGCCGACGAGGUUGACGGUACUACCGAGGCUACCGGGCUCCUGGGUGCCGGCGCCCGGAGCAGAGAGAAUCCGGACAGGUCUUCUUCCAGUGAAAGAUGGGAUGGAUUCGACGAUUUUGAGGGUCUGCCCUGGUGGAAGAGACCGUCGGUCGGCUUUCUGCUAGCUCCAUAUGCACUCUUUACUCUCGCCUUUGGCGGCUCGGUCGUCCCGAGGCUGAACCUUAUUAUUGAUCUUGUCUGCAAACACUAUUUCGCCGACAGGUCGGCCGCGGAUCCGACCUUUACCUUCAUGCCGGUCUUCCUAGGGGGCAACAACCCCCAAUGUCUCAUCCCAGAAGUGCAAAAGUCUGUGGCAACCUUCUCUAUGGUCCUCAAUGUUCUCACCGGAACGCUGAGCUCCCUCUCGGCACCCAAACUGGGAGCGCUUUCAGAUCGCUAUGGCCGCAGACGUCUGAUGGUCGUUUGUUCGAUCGGCGGCAUUGCUGCCGAGAUCAUUACCAUCCUUGCGGCCAAGUUUCCCGAAACAGUCGACUACCGGUGGAUGAUCCUCGGUGCCUUCUUUGACGGCCUCACAGGCUCCUUCACCGCUGGGAGUGUCUUGAGCCACUCAUACACGAGUGAUUGCACUCCCCCUUCGAAGCGAGCAGUCGCCAUUGGCUAUCUGCACUCUUGUCUCUUCUCGGGCCUCGCCUUCGGUCCCCUGCUAGCGGGCUACUUGGUCGAGUGGACGGGCUCCCUACUAUCCAUCUUCUACAUCAUGCUCGGCUGCCACAUCUUUUUCGCUUUUUUCAUGGGGUUUGUGGUCCCCGAGUCUCUAUCCCUCAGGCGCCAGCUCGCAGCGCGCGAGAAGCACGCGGUUCAACAGGAAGCUCUUGCCCCCGCACCGGAAUGGGCUGGCCCCAUCCUGUCGAGGAUUCCAUUUCGCAAGCAGGUCAGCAGCGUGGUGCACUCGGUGAGGACCGCGAAUCCUCUCGCACCUCUUUCUAUUUUAUUUCCCACUGGACCCGGCACCACGCGACUACGGCGCAAUCUUCUUAUCCUAGCCUUCAUCGACAUGAUCAUCCUUGGAGCCGCCAUGAGCGCAGGCACCAUAAUUGUCCUGUACGCCGAAUACGUGUUUGGAUGGGGUAACUUUGAGAGCUCCAAGUUCAUCUCGAUGGUGUCCAUGGUGCGCGUCGUCAUCCUUCUGGGCAUAUUCCCCGUCAUCAAUUACGUCUUCCGGACACGGCCAGCAGCAAAGAGGAGAGAAGCAGGAGAGGUGCUUGUUGAGAAGAAUGCCGGGGCAGACGAGCUGGACAUCUGGAUCCUCCGGAUCUCACUGCUGUCAGAUGUCCUCGGCAUUGCAGGAUAUAUCUUUGUGCGCACUGGUGCCCUCUUCGUCGCCUGUGCCGUCAUAGCCGCCUUUGGUGGGCUCGCGUCGGCCACCAUCCAGGCGGCCCUGAGCAAGCACGUCCCUGCCGAGCGAGUCGGCCAACUUCUAGGAGCCAUCGGGUUGCUUCACUCACUCUCGCGCGUCGUUUCGCCCAUCAUGUUUAACGGACUGUAUGCUGCCACCGUCGGGACUUUCCCGCAGGCGUUUUUCGUUCUGCUGGUUGCUAUCUUCGGAUUGACGCUAGCGGCGUCAUUCUUUCUCACGCCUCACGUCUUUAUGCGCGGAGAUAAUGAUCCAUCCCUUCGGCGAGACAGCGCAGACCGGAUCCAUCAAGACGCCCUGGAGGAUGAAGAGCUUUUGCCUAGACUGUCAUGA